ACUUAGCAAGCACGGACCUCAACGCAGGGCCACCUUCACUCAAAGCGAACCACGCCCCGGGGCAGGGGAGACGAGUUCCCCAAGUGCCCAAACUCCUGCGAUGGAAGGAAAAAUGGACUGUGAAGAGGAGUUCUCUUAGGCUUUGAGGAUUUAAGUUGUCAAAAUGAAGUUCGGGAAGAGCAUCUGCGUGCUUAACGUCGGGGGAACCCGGUACGCCUUCACCCGUGAGGUGAUCAGGGAUUUCCCUCUUCGACGCGUCAGCCGCCUGAUUGCCUGCGCAACCGAGAAAGAGGUCCUCGAACUCUGCGAUGACUACGAUCGGGACCGGAAUGAGUUUUUCUUCGACCGCCACGCUCAGGCUUUCGUGUUUAUUAUGUUGUACGUGCGCUCCGGCAAACUCCGAUUUGUUCCCGGAGUGUGUGAGCUGUCCUUCUACACAGAGAUGCUCUACUGGGGACUGGAGAGCGCGCACUUGGACUCCUGCUGCCAGAAACGCCUGGACGAUAGGAUGUCCGACAUCGGACUGGACACACUCUCUGAGGGGGACAUCGAGGAUGAGCCCCAGAGCCCAGGGGAGUCAGUGCAAGAGGCUGAGCUCACAUGUCGCGCUAGGUGGCUCGAGAAAAUGCGCAAGGCUUUUGAGGAGCCCAACUCUUCCCUUGUAGCGCAGCUUUUGGCUUCAGUGUCCGUGAUCUUUGUUAUCGUUUCUAUGAUUAUGCUGUGCGCUAGCACCCUGCCGGAUUGGGAUACAGCCAAGAGAACUACUGUGGAGGAGCACAGGAUAGUGGAGGCAGUGUGUAUUGGCUGGUUCACGGCAGAGUGCAUAGUGCGCUUUCUGGUGGCCAAAGACAAGUGGGACUUCCUCCGCAGGCCACUCAACAUCAUCGACGUGAUUGCCAUCACCCCCUACUAUGUCACUAUGGCGAUGGCCCGGGCAGGGAUGCCAGGUGCUGGGCUCGGGGUUGCUGGAGUCAUACUGCGGGUCCUGAGGAUGAUGAGAGUGUUCUGGCUCAUGAAGCUGGCCAGACACUUCCUGGGACUGCAGACUCUGGGGCUGACUCUCAGGCGCUGCUACCGAGAGAUGGUCAUGUUGAUGGUGUUUGUCUGCGUUGCCAUGGCUAUAUACAGUGCCCUGGCCCAGCUACUGGAACACGGCUUGGAUCUGGAGACCCAGAACAGUGAUUAUGCCAGCAUCCCUGCUGCUGCCUGGUGGGUUAUUAUUUCAAUGACAACAGUGGGUUACGGGGAUGUGUACCCGGUGACAAUCGGAGGACGGGUGCUUGGGGGAAUGUGUGUAGUGAGCGGCAUUGUGCUCCUGGCACUGCCCAUCACAUUCAUCUACCACAGUUUUGUUCAGUGCUACCAUGAACUCAAACUGCGCUCUGCCAGAUAUGCACGCAACCUGUCGGCAGAAAUGCUGCGGUGAACAUGUCCUAUCCUGCCUGCCAUCCUGCCUACAACAAAAAGAAACUGUAAUCACAAGAAGACCAUCAAAUGUUUGAUGUGCCCCUUUUUCCUUCCAGAGUUUAUUUGUCCUGUCUAGAUCCAGGUACAAUAAAUUUCCUAGAAAAACCCUUUAAACAUUCAUAUAUCAAGCAGAAAACAUAGAACAAGAAAACAUAACAUUUAACAAUUGUGAAAUUCUGCAGUAUCGUCAUGUGUUUCACUUUAUUUUGUUUUGAUUUUUUUUUAUUUCCCCUUUGCAUCAGGAAAACAAAUUAUCAUUAUAAAAACAACUGUCUGUGAAAAUUUAGUUAGUGCAAAAUAUAUAAAUGUCAGUGAAUGACAUUGGUAAAUGGCAUCUUGUUUACCAGUAUAACAACAUCAGUCAACAAGGCUGAUACAGACAGCAGGCAGAUAUGUUGGAGUAUACCUACAAAAAAAAAAAGUAGAAAAUAACAUAAACCAGACAUACAAAGCUGGACUAUACAAAUAUAUUAGCUUAAUAGUAAAACAAUAAAUUAAUAUGUUUGCUUAUGUUUUCAAUAAUUUAUUCUAUUCUGAGAUGACAAAACAAGAUAUUUUCAAGUCAGUGAAAAAAUUACACAGAGUUGAUAUUUAAAGGUACUAAGCUUAUUUUAGUCAAACACAAAAUGAAACAUAAAUGCUGUUGUUUUACUUCCUUAACACUAUUAGAGUAGCUUUGCAUGAAUUAUUGUUCAAUAGGGCCUUGUGCAACCCCUCAGUUCACCCACUGUCUGAAAUAAGCUGUUAUAGCUUUCUCCCUUUAAAGGCACCCUCCCUUUAAUCCAACUUUCUUCUGAUUCGCUGUCCCUUGCAGACAGAAGCUCUAAAAGGCUGAUGGCUGGGGAUUUUGCACUCAUAGACAAACCUGUGUGGUUGAGAUGAUCAUGUUAAGUAUAUCUGCUGUUUUUGAUAUCACACAGGUCUAAGUGUGAGCAUCAGAGCAGACUGAAGGCUCAGAUUUCAGACAAGGCUACUUGUACAUAUAUACAUACAUAUCAUUAUUUUUUAAACUUUUGCCUUGUUUAAUAUGAGAUAUCACCAGUGCAACAUUAUAUAUGACAGAACAUAAGUAAAAGAAUAAAAUCUAUUUUAAAACAGGUUUAGAUUAAAAAAGUGUUUUGGACACGGACUAUAAUCACAAAGAAUUUGAUUUUUUUUUUUAAUCAAAUUAAAAAUGCUACAAAUGAAAAUUAUAGCAUGUAUUUACUAAGUCACAUUAUGUUAAAAAAAAAAAAAAAGAAAAAGAAAGAGCAGCCAAUUGUAAGUCAUAGUAUGUACCAUUGAGAUGAAGAAGAUCAGGGUUAAAGCACUUCAAUAAACAUUGGUAGAAUAGGUUGUAAAAAAAAAGUCUCUCAUGUGGAACAAUGCAGAGCACCAGCACCAAAGCUUACCUUCACGAAAUGAUCGAUGUGUGGUUGGAAGGUAACUUCAGAGUCAACCCACACACAUAAAUAUUUCAUUUUUUUUUCCUAUUUUCUGAAGAGCUCCGGCAUCAUUAUGGGUUAAAGGCAGCAAAUUAGAUUUAAGUUGAUGUUCUGUCUCAGGCCAAAGAGCAUAAAGCAGGUUUUUAUUGAGCAGUAAUUUGUUAUCUGACAGCCAAGUUUGUAGGUUAUUAAAGUCUGAUCGCAGAGCCUUUUGUAUGUGUAGAAUAGAAGCUUUUGUUUUCAUUGUCUUGAACCAACAUGCUGUGCGACUCUCUUCUUAACUGCACAAUUUAAACGUAACAAUAGGAAUACACAGAUAUUUAUUUAUUUAUUAAACGCAGACAGGUGCAGUCAAUCCAGAUCUGACAGCGGCUGCUGUUUACUCAUAUUCCCCUGGUUACAACGCUGGCAGAGACGGCUGCGUCAAGUGCAACGUGUGUGUAUGUUUGUGUUUGUUUGUCUGGCCAUCAGCCUUUCACUUUGUCUAAGCUUUGCACACAGAUGGUACAAGUUACACAAGAUUGAUGUGUGACCUAGAUGCAUCCUGUUAAACCUGUGAAAUAAAGAGAAGGAGUGAACAUGGGACUGCAAAGUGGGGAUGGAGGAGUUACACAGAGGGCUUAGUUUGGGGGACUGUGGGGAGGGGGUUAAGCCGAUGAUAAUGAAAUAUGGAGACAGGUCACCGAGGACUGCAAGGUGGCAGACAAUAACACUGAGAUAGAUAUGACAGGGCAGAUGGAGUGUGAAAGUGAGCAUAAAAGAUUAUGGGCAAAAAUGUUGGAAUGUGGUUCAAGCCCGAGCACAAAGAAUGAAUAGAUGCAGCGUGCAUCGCUUCUCUGUUUCCCAGUGAAUGUAAGGCAUUUUGUAUUUCUGCGUCUCCAAGGCAACAUCAUCCUCCAGCAUGUCAAUCAUAAUUGUGGUUGAUUUGUGUGCACACAAAUAGGCUACAUCCACGCACACCUCCUGGCUGGCACGCAGCUUUUUUGUCCUACGAUUAUCUGGAAUAUCACAGCAUCAGAGCGAUUAUUUAAAAUUACCAAAAACAAACGUACAGGGGAAAAAAAAUCAAGUGUAGAGGGAAAAAAAUAAAAAGAACAAUAGAGGCUGUCAAUGUCAUGGUUCUGACACUCAUGAUUCAGACAUGUUUGCACGGUUUGCCAAGAUGAUACGAUUUGUUGAAGAGACACAUGAUCCAAACAAACAAGUCAACACCUCUCCCACACAACAGUCUUUCUCUGCAUCUCCUCUCCUCUUCCUCCUGUUGCCAUCAACAAUCCUCUUUUUACACACACACAUCAAAAUCCUGCUCUUCUUCUUGCAAAGGAAAUUUAAACAAUGAGUCUGUUCACUGUGUCUUUGUACUGAUAGUAGUCUACAUAUGUUAAAUCCUCAUAAUCUGUGCAGCCCUGUAUGUAUUUAAUGUAUACUGUAGACACCUCCGUAUCCUCGUAGCUGCUAUUGAUGUGCUUUUUAAGUAGUCGCACAAUUGAAUUAAACACAAUCAAUAUUUUAUUACCUACCUUACAAUGCAUUAUUCAUGUAGCAUAGCUUUUUACCAGUGAAGUUUGGCCAGGCCUGAUUGAAACCAUCAAUCAAAACAUUUUCAUCAGUACACUCUGGAGUUGUAAUUAAUGUGAUCAAUGUACGAGCUUUUAUAAUAAAAUUACUCUUUGCAAAAUGCC